AUGGAGGAGGAAAUUUCAUUGGAGGUGGUGGAGGAGGCGGAAGGUUAUGGAGGAUCUGGUGGUUUUGGAGGCAUUGGUGGAGGCGGAGGUGGAUUAGGAGGUGGUGGUAGAGGUGGAUUUGGUGGAAGUGGAGGUUAUGGAGGUGGCAAAACAGGUGGAGGAGUAGGAGGAGGAGGAGGAGGAGGAGGUUAUGGAGGAAGUGGUCCAGUAGCAUCUGCAGGAUUUGGAGAAGGUAUUGCUGGAGGUUUUGCUGGACCAAGUGGCGCUGGAGGUGGAGGGUACGGAGGAGGAGGAAGAGGUGGAUUUGGUGGUGCUGGUGGUUUCGGAGGAGCUGGAAAGACUGGUGGAGGUUAUGGAGGUGGAGCUGGAGGAAGAAGAAGUAUCGGUGGAUCUGGAGGUUAUGGAGGAGGUGGAUUUGGAGGUUCUGGAGGAGGUGGAUUUGGAGGCUCUGGAGGAGUUGGUGGUAGUAAAAGAGGUUUUGGUGGAACUGGAGGCUAUGGAGGUGGUGGUGCAGGAGGUGGAGCGGGAGGCUACGGAGGUGGUGGCGCCGGAGGAAAAGGCGGCUUUGGUGGAACAGGAGGAACAGGUGGAGGAUUUGGAGGCGGCCGAGGUUCUGGUGGUUAUGGUGGAGGUGCAGGAGGUGGUGCAGGUGGUUCUGGUGGUUACGGUGGCGGCGGUGCUGGAGGAAAAGGUGGAUUCGGCGGCUCAGGUGGCAGAGGAUUUGGAGGAGGAGGUGCGGGUGGUUCUGGUGGUUAUGGCGGUGGUGCUGGAGGAGGAAAAGGAGGUUUUGGCGGAGGAACUGGAACUGGAGGAUAUGGAGGAGGUGGUUCUGGUGGUUCUGGUGGUUACGGUGGCGGCGGUGCUGGAGGAAAAGGUGGAUUCGGCGGCUCAGGUGGCAGAGGAUUUGGAGGAGGAAGUGCGGGUGGUUCUGGUGGUUAUGGCGGCGGUGGUGGUAGAUACGGCGGAGGUGGCGCCGGAGGAAAAGGAGGUUUUGGUGGAUCAGGAGGAACUGGAGGCUAUGGAGGCAGUGGUGGCAUUGGAGGUGGUAAAGGAGGUUUCGGUGGAUCAGGAGGAGGAACUGGAGGCUAUGGCGGUGGUGGUGCAGGUGGAACUGGUGGCUUUGGCGGCGGUUCUGGUGGUUACGGAGGAGGUGGAGCAGGUGGAGGAAAAGGAGGUUUCGGUGGAUCAGGAGGCGGAACUGGAGGCUACGGCGGUGGUGGUGCAGGUGGAACUGGUGGUUUUGGCGGCGGUUCUGGUGGUUACGGAGGAGGUGGAGCAGGUGGAGGAAAAGGUGGUUUCGGUGGAUCAGGAGGCGGAGCUGGAGGCUACGGCGGUGGUGGUGCAGGUGGAACAGGUGGUUUUGGCGGCGGUUCUGGUGGUUAUGGCGGAGGUGGAGCAAGUGGAGGAAAAGGAGGUUUUGGUGGAUCAGGAGGUGGCGGAACUGGAGGAUAUGGAGGUAGUGGUACAGGAGGAUUUGGAACCGGCGGAGGUUCGUCUGGUGGAUUUGGAGGUGGAAAAUCAGGAGCUGGUUAUGGAGGUGGUGGAAGUCUCGGAGGUGGAGCCGGCUCGGGUGGAUUCGGAGGCGGCAGUAGAGGAGGUUAUGGAGGAAAUGGAGGCGGUGGUUUCGGAGGAGGAUUUGGAGGAUCCGGUGGAAGUGGGAAAAGUUCUGGAAAAUAUUAACGUGUCAAGAAAGUCUUACAGAAAUUUUAAAGAAACGGUGAAUCAAAGUGUAUAUACAUACAGUA